AUGGGAUCGUCUUUAGUCCCUAGAAUCUGCCCAGUCCAGAGAGCAGAGGCCUCAGGCUCAGUGUCCACUGGAACCCAAGACCAGACCGGGACCCAGGACAAGACUAGGACUCAGACCAUAGACCCUAGCAAAGUCCAGACCAUCAGGGACCUACCGAAGGUGGGGUUUGUGAGGUUCUUCUACAGACUGUUGGUCAAAGGAUUCUACAACCGUAUGCACGAGCUACAGCUGUAUGAGAAGGCCCUUCAUGGUCCCAUGUAUAGAGACGGCCUCCGCACUGUGGCAGUGAACACGGCUGAGCUCCUGGAGGAGGUGCUGAGGAGGGAGGAGCGGUUCCCAGUGCGAGGAGACAUGUCCCUGUGGAAGGAGUACCGCGACUCACAGGGACUCGGCUACGGUCCCUUUACUGAGGAGGGCGAUCGCUGGUACCGUCUCCGUUCAGUUCUGAACAGGAGGAUGCUGCUCCCGAAGGAGAGUCUGCAAUUUGGACCCGUGAUCCGAGAUGUGGUCCGAGACUUCAUCCUCAGAGUCCAGACCCUGAGAGAGUCCAGUCCCAGCGGAGACCAAGUCCAGGACAUCGCCAACGAGCUCUACCGCUUCUCUCUGGAGGGCGACAUGGAGGAGAUCGAGCAAUCACUUAACUUCAUGUCAGGUGAGCUGGCAAAGGUGACAUGGCAACAGGAGCGCCUGCUCAAACUUGUUGAAGAAGUAACAACUGUGAACGUGAUGCUGAGAGAAAAGGACGUGUGGAUAUCUGCGCUGGAGCAGUAUUCACGCAGGGACCAUUUGGUGAUUACAGGAUUAAAGACUCUGCACCGCACCUACGCCAGGACAGCAGCUGACGCCGGGACGGCAGCUGACGCCGGGACGGCAGCUGACGCCGGGACAGCAGCUAAUGCCGGGACAGCAGCUGACGCCGGGACGGCAGCUGACGCCGGGACGGCAGCUGACGCCGGGACAGCAGCUAAUGCCGGGACAGCAGCUGACGCCGGGACGGCAGCUGACGCCGGGACGGCAGCUGACGCCGGGACGGCAGCUGACGCCCGGCGGCAGCUAAUGCCGGGACGGCAGCUGACGCCGGGACGGCAGCUAAUGCCGGGACGGCAGCUGACGCCGGGACGGCAGCUGACGCCGGGACGGCAGCUGACGCCGGGACGGCAGCUGACGCCGGGACGGCAGCUGACGCCGGGACGGCAGCUGACGCCGGGACGGCAGCUGACGCCGGGACGGCAGCUGACGCCGGGACGGCAGCUGACGCCGGGACGGCAGCUGACGCCGGGACAGCAGCUGACGCCGGGACAGCAGCUGACGCCGGGACGGCAGCUAACGCCGGGACGGCAGCUGACGCAGAGACCACGGAGGACGCUCCGAGGGAAGAGCAGCAGGGAACACAAUGGUUCAGCAAAGGUCAAGGACAAGAGUGAGACUCUGCAGCUGACCAUGGAUCAGUCAGGCAUCGCGUCCGUCCUGUUCGAGACCCGGAUUGGUUGCCUGGAGCCGCAGAUCCCAGAGGGGACUCAGGAGUUCAUCAACGCCAUCGUCCAGAUGUUCUCCAACAGCCCCUACGUCGUCGUGCUGCCCAAGUGGAGUCGCCCCCUGCUGCCCUACUGGGGGCGCUACAACCAGGGCUGGGAGGGCAUCUUCUCUUUCGCGAAGGUGUUGAUCGACCGUAAGCUGUUGGAGAUGGAGCGUCGUGUGGACCAGCAGAGGGACCAGCAGAUGGACCAGCAGAGGGACCAGCAGAGGGACCAGGUGGCGCUGCAAGGGGAGUACCUGACGUAUCUUUUGUCCAACACAGAGAUGAGUCUGAAGGACGUGUACGGGAGCAUCGCCGAGCUGCUGCUCGCCGGAGUCGACACGACGUCCAACACUCUGACCUGGGCCCUGCACCUUCUCUCCCUGAACCCAGAGACUCAGAGCAGACUCUACAGAGAGCUGUGCCAUAGCCCUACUGAGCCUACUGCAGAGGAGCUCACCAGGAUGCCCUACCUCAAGGCUACCAUCAAGGAGACGCUACGUGACCAGGAUGCCCUACCUCAAGGCUACCAUCAAGGAGACGCUACGGUGAGUGACCAGGAUGCCCUACCUCAAGGCUACCAUCAAGGAGACGCUACGGUGAGUGACCAGGAUGCCCUACCUCAAGGCUACCAUCAAGGAGACGCUACGGUGAGUGACCAGGAUGCCCUACCUCAAGGCUACCAUCAAGGAGACGCUACGGUGAGUGACCAGGAUGCCCUACCUCAAGGCUACCAUCAAGGAGACGCUACGGUGAGUGACCAGGAUGCCCUACCAUCAAGGAGACGCUACGGUGAGUGA